AGUUUGAAGAGUCUGAGAGCGUCCCACAGCGUCUGGGAGCGUCCCACAGAACACAGACAUGAGACCAGUGCUGCUGCUGCUGGGCCUAAUGUUUAGGGCCCACUGUGAGCUGAGGGCCCGGGACCCUGAGGUGGAGCAGGAGGACGGGGGACACGGGGGACACGGGGGACACGGAGGACACGGAGGACAUGGAGGACUGGAGCCCGCUGACUCCAGAGGAGGCGCUGGACCAGAGGACAACGUCCCACAGGACCGAGUCCCUCAAGGAGGAGCAGCUCAAGGACAUGUCCCAGCCAGAAACUGGUGCGCUGUUGUGCAUAGGCGUGUGGUCAGCGGAACGGUCAGGAACGGUGCAGAACCAUACACGGCCAAGUCUCUGAGCCCCUGCCCCAGUGGAGUCGCAGACUGUCAGCUCGUCAUGUACAAGACGUCCACAAGGCCCCUGUACAGACAGACCCUCAGAGAGGUCACUGUCCUGCUGUGGCAGUGCUGUCCUGGACACACUGGACCCAACUGUGACUCAGUCUCUGGCGCCCGAGUCGAUCACGCCGACCACGGACGCUCCGAGGACACGCCCCUUGGAUCAGCAGAGCAGGUGGAGCAUAUGGACCCCCAUCAGGAGCAGAACGACCACCAGGGAGCGCCGUACCACACCAGCCAACCUCAUCACACACCUGACCACACCCACCACCCCAGGGCCUCCGCCCAAACUCUGGACUCUGUUCAACAGGACCACACCCAAAACACUCAACACCGCCUUCUGCCGGACUCCGCCCUCUCCGAACACACGCACCGGAGCUCCGCCCAGCACCGCGUGGACUCAGAAGACCCGAGUCUGCAUCCACCAGUUGUAGGGGCUCUGCGGUACCAGGACACGCCCACGGUCCUCCCGGUGCCACACAUGAUGGCGCUGGUCAUGUCCCAGCUGCAGCCCGUCCUAGAGGCCUUCAACCGCUCUUUGGAGCACGUGCAGCGGCGACUCACGACUCUGACCCUGGAGGUGGCAGAGCUGAAGGGCCCGACUCCUCCUGACCUCCAGACCGGCGCUCUGAGCGGAGACGAUGUGGAAGAGGAGGACAGACUGGAGCAGGUGUACCAGGAGCUGAGGGAGACACAGGACCAAGUGCAACAACAGCGCCACCUGCUGGAAUCCCACAAUGCAGCUCUGCUUAACAACCUGACGGUCCUGAGGGCAGACAUGAACGUCAAUGUCCAGGCCAUGAACCGCAGUCUGUCUGAGCUUAAACUGGACCAGAGCCGGCCCUGGUCAGAACCGGCCCAGGUCUCAGAGACCUCCGCUCUCUGGGGCGCCGUGGAACGGCUGGACAAUCGAGUGGUCAACAACUCGGUGAAGGUGCAGACGCUGGUGGAGAAGGUGGAGGUGGUGUCCGGAGACAUACAGCUGCUUCACAGACUCUCCAGGGAUCAGGACAAACGGAUCAAUGCUACGUCACGACGCAGCCAGGUGCAGUUCAUGGAGACGGGACUGGAGGUGGAGGCGGCCAAGGUGGCGGUGUUACGGAGGGUGGAGGAGCUGGCGGGGAACCUGAGCGUCCAGGGGCAGAGGUUGGCGGAGAUGGAUGAGGAUUUAGAGGAACUCUACAUCGCCUUCUAUAACGGCUCCUCCGGCGCCUGCGGCUGCUCUGAGCUCAGGGCGACCGUCUCUCACGUCCAGAAGGACCUCGCUAAUGUCACAGAACUGGCCAAAGACAACAGACUGGCCCUGGACGCACUGGAGGACAGUGAGGGACAGGGGGAGACAUGGGGGGACGGCGACUGGCAGCCGGCGGUGGAGGCUCUGCAACAAGGACUUCAGCAGGUGAGGUCUUCUUGGGCCUCGGAGGAAAACCGCACCAGAGCCGUGGAGCUCGGCGUGGCCGGUCUGACCUCGUCUCUGCAGCGCUGGCAGACGGAGGUCACACAGCUUCAGGAGCGAGAAACUGAGCGCUCCCAGGACAACCAGCAUCUGCGCGGCUCCUUCAACUCACUGCUCAAAGACGCUAUCCGCCACAGCGACGUGCUGGAGCUCCUCCUGGGGGAGGAGGUGCUGGAGUUUUUGGACUGGCCCAUUCACGACCAAGAGGCCCACUCUAUCCCCGCCCUGAAGGAGAGUCUGAGACGGCACGAAGAGCAGCUGAGAGCGCACAACACGAGCAUCACACAGCUCCGAGAACACAACACAGAUUCAAAAGACGUCCCUGCUGCUGAUCAGCCGUCCCCACACUCUGUCCAUGACUGGCUCCCAGGGGACGACAGUGGCGCCGGGAGGCGGAGCCCGGUUAGAGAACGUCAGAGCGUCCCUGGACCCCAGCUCAGCGACGGCAGUGACCUGUGGAAGCUGGAGCAGGCGAUGGAGAAGCUACAGGCCAGAGUGGAGAGGGUGGAGCAGAGCGGCAGGGUGGAGCAGAGCGGCAGGGUGGAGCAGACGGAGCAGAGCGGCAGGGUGGAGCAGAGCGGCAGACAGAGCCACGUGCGGCUUCAGGACGAGGUCAUGUGGCUGAAACGAGGCCUGGAGGAGCAUUUAAGGGUCUUUAAGAACAUCUUCAGUAACACGGACGCACUGACGACUUCUAAACAGACACUGGAGCUGGACAAAGUGUUAGAGCUGGUGAAGAGUCGACAGAGGAGGAAAGGAGGGAGCGCACACUGACCCCCAGGACUGAGGCCCCGGGACCCUCAGCUUCACAUCCUGUAAUAUCUGUAUUUAAACAAAGAAGCCGAGUGUGAAAUGACCUAAAAACAUAAUAUCGAAUGUAAAGAUUUAUCUAUUUAUGAUAAAACGAGGUGUGCAAACGCCGUCAGUGCAGGAGCAGAUCAGUGUUAGUCUGACACAUCAAUACUGUUUUUCUGCUGUUUUUUCUUUAUUUAAAUAAUGUUUGUUCUGACUCAGUGUCGUCAUAUCUGUCGAUAUCUGUCGAUAUCUGUCGAUAUCUGUCGAUAUCUGUCGAUACCAGGGCAGAGAUUGAAAAUAUAGUAUAUUUCUGUUUGGUGAAAAUGAUCCAAUUGUGUUUUGUUAUUUAUCUUUUAAAGUGACAGGUUUGGUGUAAUAAGAUUAUUUACUGGACAGUGUUCGUCUAAAACACCUCGUAAUAUUUUUACAACGUACACAGAAUAUCGAACCAAUAUCAAUUGAGCCGAUAUUGUCUUAAUAUCACCUGAACCGAUAUUGACAGAACUGAUAUCUGAUCCAUCAAAAUGUUCAGUAUCGGCACUGAUCCAAUACCUGUAUAUUUCUGAUGUGUGUGGAGCUCAGGGUGGAGCUCAGGGUGGAGCUCAGGGUGGAGAAAAUAAGACACAUUAAAGCUGCACAGGAAAUGUUUUUAUUACAUUUGAAUAAGAACUUGUACGUUUUC